UACUUCUAUGAUCCUGAUGUUGGUAGCUACUAUUAUGGCCCUGGACAUCCGAUGAAACCUCAGCGAGUCAGAAUGACGCACUCGCUUCUAAAGGGUUACGAAUUGUAUCGACUAAUGGAUGUUGUUAAGCCUCAUCGGGCUUCCGAAUCCGAGCUGGCGUGCUUUCAUGACAAUGAUUAUUUGAACUUUUUGUCUGUCGUCACUGCGGAAAAUGCCAAAGAAUUUCUUAAUCAUGCAAAGCGUUUCAACGUAGGGGAGCAGACGGAUUGUCCUGUGUUUCCGGGCUUGUUUGAAUUUCAACAAUCUUGUGCCGGAGCCUCAAUCGAUGCCGCAGCUCGCCUCAAUUCUGGAAAGGCAGAUGUUUGCAUCAAUUGGAGUGGCGGUCUGCAUCACGCAAAAAGGGCAGAAGCAAGUGGAUUUUGUUACAUUAACGACAUCGUUUUGUGUGUUUUGGAAUUGCUUAAAUAUCACCCUCGAGUGAUGUAUAUCGACAUAGAUAUCCAUCAUGGAGAUGGAGUUGAAGAGGCGUUCUAUACAACGCACCGAGUGAUGACAGUCUCCUUUCAUAAGUUUGGUGAUUUUUUUCCUGGCACUGGCGACUUGACGGAUGUUGGAGCUGCCAGUGGAAAAUAUUACAGUGUUAACGUGCCACUCAAUGACGGAAUUCAAGAUCAACAAUUUCUUGAUCUCUUCAAGCCCAUUAUAACGAAGGCCAUCGAGGUGUAUCGUCCUGGUGCGCUGGUGCUUCAGUGCGGGGCUGAUUCAGUUUAUGGCGAUCGUCUUGGGAAAUUUGCGUUGUCCAUUAAAGGGCACGCUGAGUGUGUCAGACAUGCGCAAUCUUUCAACAUCCCCCUCGUCGUUUUGGGAGGGGGCGGCUAUACAAUCCGAAAUGUCGCUAGGACAUGGGCGUACGAGACUUCUGUAAUAGUGAAGAAGCCGGUCCCAAACAAUUUGCCAUUCAACGAUUAUUAUGAUUAUUAUGGGCCCGAGUAUCUUCUUCAUCUUCCAGUCCCAAAUCAGCCAAAUUUUAACUCGAGGGAACAUCUUGAAACAAUCAGAAAUAGGGUGUUAGAGAAUUUGUCGCGAUUACAACACGCACCUGGUGUCGAGUUCGCAUACAUUCCCCCAGAUUUCUUCUGCUCAGCUUCACACGAUCCAGACGAUUUGGCGCAACUUGGAAUUGACUGGGAUGGAGGGGGAUGUGCUGAUGGAGAUGAAGGAGCUAUUGGUAGAAGUGCUGACGAUUCAACACGAAAGACACGCGUGACAGCAGGCCUUGAAUAUUCAAGACCGAAAAGUGACAGAUAUAUUCACAAGAUCCGAGCGGCUGAUAGAGCGAACGAAUUUUACGAAAUCGCUCCAUCGACGGAUCCAGAGGUCCGCGCGGCAGAGAGAUCGGGCGACGUCGAACAAGGUGUUCCUGAGAAUGACGACGUGACAAAUCCAAAAUAUAAUAAUGAUUGGUAG